CCAGAUGCCGAUAGCUUUGCGCAGCAGCGCUUCGUGAGCAGGAACCAGGAAAUAUCAACACUUGCCGCACGCACAACGCGAGAUCUCCUUGGCCACCCAGUGUUAUUGGUUGGUCUUGUGGUUCUGUCAGGGGCAUAGGUGUCGCAUAUUUCACUUCACCCAAGUCUCACGGUUGUGAAUUAAAUGGGCCCCAGUCAGUGCCCGUAUUCUUGAACAUUUUUUUCGUGUGUGUUUUUGUUCUAUGUGUACUGUAAUUGUUCAAAGUGGGUAUUGUCGUUUUGUUUAUACCCCCUACAUAAGCACGAAGAAACUUGAGUUUUCAGUGUUCUUGUGCCUUUGACUGCCGUGUUACAUGAAUACACCUGUACUUGUUGCUCGAAAAUAUGUAUUGUUGAAAGAGAUAUGUUCCAACGACAUAUGCGCUUAAACGAACGUAUUUUGAACUGUCAUGUUGAUUCAUUGGAAAAUGUUGCUAAAUUAACUGGAAGAGUGUAUCAGCAAAAUCACACUACUUCCGUAGAAUAAGAUGCAUCAAGGCCAUUUGACUGCAGCCUUUCUUUUCAUCUUGGUUUCUUCAAUAAAUGAAGUGUGUGGUCUGGAGAAAUGCCAUUAUGGUUGCCAGGAAACUCCAUGUUCCAAGUGUGGAAAUGAUAGUCUUGUGUAUUGCAAUGUAAAAAAAUUCAACUUUAAGGAGACAUUAGGAGGGAUGAAAAACUAUACACAUCUACAUCUUUACAAUAUAACAAUUGAAAAUAUGACCUUGCCAGCAGAUAUGUAUGUGAAAUCAUUGACCAUUACUAAUGGCAACAUUAAACACAUUUCUUUCACAGGAAAAUUUCAUGAAAUGAAAUGUCUCAACUUGUCAAAUAAUGGUCUAAAUAAUGUUACCAUUAAAAAUGAUAGUAUGCCUAAUUUAAGAAUUUUAGAUAUCUCAAAAAAUAAUCUCUCGUAUCUUCCUGAGUCAGAUGUUAUGGUGGAUAUCAAACACAAUUUUACACUUGAUAUAUCAGGUAACAAUCGCAUAGACUGCAAUAAUGUUAAGGAGUUAAUUGAUAAGAAAAAAAAGUCAUUAGAAUUUAGAAACCGAAAUAUAACAGUUUGUUCUGCUCUGAAAGAUUUUCAUUGGUUUCAAAGUGCAGUUACAAUUAGUCUUUCUCAUCUUGAAGAUGUUUUAGAUAGACAGUGUGCAGAGACAGUAGGACGCCAUGGAUGUCGCUGUAUUAUACAUCGAUACAUCCCUCGAGUCAAUGAAACUAUUUUGAUAGCGCUGCUAGUAAACUGUUCUAACUUACAACUGAAAUCUCUACCAUCGCAGCUUCCACCAAACACUGUUGCUUUGGAUGUCUCAAAUAACAAUAUCACCAGCUUAGAACAAAUGAAAGAUAGUUCUUACAGUAGUAUCAGUAUGUUCAAAGCAAGCAACAAUUGCAUUUCUUCAAUAGCAGUUCUAGAAGGAACAUCGUUUAUAAGCAAUUUUUCCAUCUUGGAUCUACGUCGAAACAAUUUAAGUUCAGUUCCUACAUACUUCUUAUCAAAUAGCUUUGAUCGUAAUAUGUAUUCUAGAGUCUAUCUUGGAGGCAACAAAUUAAUAUGCGACUGCAAUACUGCACAAAGUCUUAAGAUUUGGUUAAUGCUGAAUAAACCAUAUAUUCAAGAUUAUAAGGAAGUAGGCUGCAGAAACAUCCAAAAACCUGUUAUAGAACUGGAACAACACGAGGUCUGUGUGACACAAAGAAAUUGGACUGAUUACAUUUAUUACAUCAUAGCUGGAGAAGUCACACUUCUUAUAUUUCUUGUUAGUAAAGUGUCCUACGAUUAUUGGGUAUUCAAGACUGCUGGUUAUCUUCCUUGGCCUGCAUCCAAACUGCCAAAAUUGCCAUGUGACUGGGUCUUUGAAACAUAGCAUUCGGAAAACGAGAGACCUCUUUGUUUGCCAUUGGGCACUUUUGUGUUUGAUAAAUAUUAUUUUUAAAUAAAAUAUAUAUACUUACUGUUUUUUAUGUACUUUCUAUUGUUGAUUUGUGUCUAUUAAAGUGUAUGAUAUUUAAUGAUUCAGAGAGAUUUCAUGUAUGGAGAGGAGGGUUUUUUGUUUUAGCUGUAUUGUUAAUUCUAUUAAUAUUUUGCAUAUGAUAUAAUUCGUCUACAUUGUUUAAUAUGUACUUAUGUGAGGAAGCUUGGAAUGAAAUAAAUGUUCAUUUUUUUAUCUCAUAAAAACAGUGAUAAACCAAGAAUCUUAAAAUGUGUGCACACAUUUUUGCUAAGAUGUAUAUUUUUGUGUAAUAAGUGUAAUUUUCUGAUAAACUAUAUAUAUAUGAAAAUUGAUAAUUUUUGUCUCGU